UUUUUACAGUCGGAUGAGCGAAAUUAAUGCUAAAAUACGUAGUAGAACAAAUAGCAAUUCUAGUGAUAAUAAGAAAAAGUUAAUCAGCUCUAGGCCUAAUAUUCCAUUUAAAGAACCACGAAAAUCUAUGGAGACUGAAUUCCGACCUAGGAAGAAGUUAAUUCCUGAAAAAAGAAAAACAGUUAAACUGGAGAUGGGCUCUGUGCAAGAUCAAAAUCGCUAUAACGCCUUCAGACGUAAUCCAAGAGCAAUGAUAAGAAGACUUUCAAGGGCAGCAUCUUUUAAAAAUGCUUCCUAUUCUUUGGAUUUGCAAGGCAUACUUAAUCAAUUCGAGAAGCAUUCCACUAUACACGGCAUUUGUCAUGCGGGUCUUGCUCCGAACAUGAAAUGGCGACGCUUCUGGCUUGGUGUUUUUACAGUUUGUUUUACAAUUCUAAUAGUUCAAACUAUUUAUCUUGUUGUUAAAUUCUUUGAAUAUCCAAAGAAUGUUGAUCUUGAUCUCAAAUUUGAAAUGACUGAAUUCCCUGCGGUGACUAUAUGUAAUCUGAAUCCUUAUAAAGCGUCAGCAAUCUUCAAUGAUAUUGGAGCACAAGCAACUUUAGAUGCAAUGCAAAAUGCUCUCCAUGAAUCUUUUGUAGAAGAUAUUUCUUUUUCAAAAGAAGAUAAACAGAGAUAUAAAAGGGAAGCAAGACUACGGCAAAAAGAUGUAGAAAACUCGAAAGUAGCUACUUCUAGGAAGAAUGAGCGACGUUAUUUACAAGUAUAUGCACAAUGUUAUUGCGAAAUGAAUCGUCUAUCAUCUGUCCGCAAAAGGGGCAGCUGCUAUGCUCAUUAUAAAGUAAGGCGGCAAAUUUGGUGUAAAGUGGAAUUAAAUUUAAAGCGCCGAGCUUCAUUUCUUUAUCAACCUGGACAAAAACUUCUAAUUUUCUAUCAAACCAAAUGUCUGUGUCAAUUGGAUACAUUUGCCAGGGCACUAUGGCCAUGUUUUCCAUACAAUACAUGGAAAGAACAUAUUUGUUCUGAUUGCGUAGAUCAAGCUGGCCAUUGCCCAAUGCGUUUCCUUAAUAAUUCAGGGAAUGGUUACAGUAAUAAUUUUCAAAAUCGAAGCAUCCAGCAAUACGAUAAAGAUAAUGGAGUCGAUGUUUGUCUUUGCCAUCGAGAACAAUUUGGUGCCCGCCUAUUUUGGAAUACAUCAUCAUCAAGCUCGAAAGGAGUUCAAAAGCCUAUAGAUAAGAAACAAGACAAGAUUUCUCUUGCUCAAAAACAAGAAUCACAGAAGAUAGUUUUGGGAUUCAAGAAUUUAACUGAUGAAAUAUCCAUAAAGAGUCAAGCCAGGCAGAAUCUAAUUUAUUCUAUGGGAGAAAAAUCUGAAAAGGAACGUAUUCAACUUUCGUAUAGAAUGGACGAACUCAUCUUAAAAUGCUCAUUCAAUCAACAUGAUUGCGAUAUUACAAGUGAUUUCAAGCUUCAUAACACAGCACAAUAUGGAAACUGCUAUACAUUUAAUUGGAAUCGAGAUUCGCAAAUAACAGCUCAUCGCGCAGGAGCUAAUUUUGGAUUACGCGUGCUUGUUUAUGCAAAUGUGUCAGAGUAUUUGCCGACGACCGAAGCCAUAGGUUUCAGAAUUACCGUGCAUGAUAAAUGGACUGUACCAUUUGUGGAUGCCUUUGGUGAAAAUGCACCCACGGGUAUGCUAUCUUCAUAUGGAGUUAGAAUGAAAAAAUUCUUUCGUCUUGAACAUCCAUAUGGGCAUUGCCGAACUGGUAAUCAAAUGCCUGAAGGAUAUAUUUACACUGGCUACAACUAUUCAGUGGAGGGCUGCCAUCGCAGUUGCCUACAACAAGAAAUACUAAGAAUUUGCGGUUGUGCAGAUCCAACUCUACCAAUCCCUUCGGGGUCUCGGCAGUGCGGAAUGGAAGAACAAAAAGCUCGCGAGUGUAUACGAACAAUACAAGAUCAAAAAGUCGUGGUUGAGGAACGAUUAGAUAAAUGUAAAUGUCCACUACCUUGCCAUGAAAUUGGUUAUGAACUCACAUAUUCUGCCGCUCGCUGGCCUUCCGGUACAGCAAGAAUAAUGGAAUGUGCUAGUUCUGAUGAGUUAUGUUUGGAGCAGUAUCGCAUUAACGCUGCUCUUAUCCAAGUAUUUUACGAGGAGUUCAAUUAUCAAACGCUGACUGAAAGUGCUGCUUAUAGCAUGACCAGUUUAAUUGCCGAUCUGGGCGGGCUUUCUGGACUUUGGAUUGGCAUUUCUAUUGUUAGCAUCUUAGAAGUUGUACAGCUUAUAUGGUUUUGCAUGGAAGUUGCACGUGACACAAGUCGUCGAGAACAUUCUUCCGAUGAUCACUCGGAGCCGAGUGGCAAGACUGAUUCGACACCAUCUAUUGGUCAAAGAACAUCUUCGGGAGGUGCCAAAUCUCUUAAAUCCCUAAAAUCAAUGCGAUCUUAUGUUCAAUCUGCUACUGGAGAGAUUUAUCCACCAAAUAUGCGCAUUAGAGGAGAGAUUGUGCACUCUCAAAGUUGUUCUGGCACAAGUACGCCUUAUUUGGCACCUAACGUUGAAUUGCCAUGCACAUGCCUCUUUGGUGCACGUGGCCAGAUCGUUUUCAUGAAGCCUCUCUGUCCAGUUCACGGUUACAUGGUUCGCCGUAUGAUGCAUCAUAAGGAGAGCAGUAGUGAGGAUGAAGAUGAUGAAGACGAAUCUGAAGUAGAAGGUCCUCUUCUAACAGUAGACGAAGUGGAAGCUUUGCAAAGAGAAACCGAACUGGAAAAGGAACAACAAAAUCUGCUAGAUAGUAGAAUCCAAGAGUUGGACGAAAAGCCGGAGGAAGACGAUAAUUUUGAGAAUUCUUCAACCAGUGGGUCAGAAAAAGAAGAUGAUGUAUUAUUAAUGCACAAGAGAUAG